AUGAAUACACAAAUAUUAAAAUUCCUUCAUAGAAAUAGUGGCUUUAGUGGACAACAGGACACUAAGUCAGACCCGGCGCAGGACGGCUACGGCAAUGAAGAGCAAUCGCCUGAACCUAAGAAAAAAUACCCCCGAUCUGUGCCUUUCAUUAUUGUCAAUGAAUUCUGCGAACGAUUCUCAUAUUUUGGCAUGCGAGCCAUCUUGGUCAUAUUUUUUACGCAAAUUAUUGGCUAUAAUGAGGACGUGUCCACCGAAUACUUUCAUUUAUUUUCAAUGGCUGCGUAUUUUACUCCGAUUUUUGGCGCCAUCAUAGCUGAUGCAUAUCUCGGAAAAUACAUCACAAUAUUUUCAUUAUCAUUAGUUUAUGCAAUCGGUUGUAUUGUGUUGUCAUAUUCGGCCGUAGCUGAGAAAAGCUGGAUCAUGUGGAUUGGUUUAAUUUCGAUCGCGGUGGCAUUUGGCGGUGAUCAAUUUGGCCCUGGUCAGGAAAAACAAUUGGCCAAGUUCUUUUCAUUUUUCUACAUGGCUAUCAACGCCGGGGGGCUAUUGUCUACAUUUGUGACCCCUAUUAUGCACGAAGACGUCCAUUGUUUCGGUCGUGACUCGUGUUUCCCGUUGGCCUUUGGUGUACCCGCGGUGUUAAUGAUUGUGUCCCUGACAUCGUUGGGCAGAAAGUUUUUCAAAAAAGGCCAAAAACGUGACCAUUGGUUGGACUACGCCGACGACAAAUACGAUGCUCAAACCAUAACAGACUUUAAGGCUGCUUCCCGUUGGACACUGCAAGCAACUAAAAUGGAUGGUAAACUGGGCAGUAUCCAGAUUAAACCUGACCAAAUACAAAUAGUCAAUCCCAUAAUGAUC